GAAGGAUUAAACUGCAUUCGACAAUUAUUUGGAGUCCGAACCCGUACGAAUGAUAGGAGUUUAGAAGGGGUUGUUGUCCUCGUUGCGCACAGUUCACUCUCGCGGGUCACUGGCAAUCACUAGCUUCGCUUUUCUUUGCUCAAUUUCUGGGGACUCACUCGCCAGGCGCCAUCCACGCCCAUCUUUCUUUCCAAUUCCACUUUUCCGGCGUUGGAAGAAUCUGCUUCCGGCAACAAUUUUCGAGAUAAUACUGUUGCAUAAAAAUGAGUUCGACCAGAGGGCGUGGUAAGUCUUUUAAUUCUGGCACCAACAAUGAGAAGACACCUAAGGCGAGCAAUGUUUCUGAAAUUUCUACAACACCCCUAGACCAUUUGAGUCAGGGUGUAGCGGGCGUUAGCCUGGAUUCUGGACACGCAGAUGGUGAUUGGGAAGUUUAUGCCAAAAAGUCUAGGAACAAAGCUGGGACCAAUGCAACUAAACAAUGGGGUGCCCAGUAUUUUAGUCCUAAAUUACCAGAGAUGGCUCAAACGUCAGGCACACGUAAUGGUGGUGGACGAGGAAAGAUGUCUAGUAAGAAUUGGCAACCUCAAUACCCUGAUACAAAGAAAAUGGGACGGGGGAAUGCUUGGUCACAAUCCAGGGCUUCGGAGAGCAAUUAUGUAGCUCCACAAUCUGUAAUUCGCCCUCCCCUGGAGCAUGGCUGGAAUUGGCAAUCUAGGGCUGGUUCCAGUCAAACUAAGGUCUCGGUAGACGCCCAACAUAAAGUUGAUUUUAUCUCAAACUCAUAUCCAAGUGACGAGAAUGAAGAAUCUGACAAUGCUGAGGAUAAUGACAAUGAUUCUGAUGAUCUGGAGGAUAGUGACGAUGAUCUCUUAAGUGAUGACUUUGAUUCUGAUGCAAGUCAAAAGAGCUAUGAAACACGAAAGAAGAUUAGAUGGUUUAAGAAAUUCUUUGAGAUUUUGGAUAGUUUGACUGUUGAUGAGAUUAAUGAACCUGCAAGGCAGUGGCAUUGUCCAGCAUGCCAAGGAGGCCCUGGUGCCAUUGACUGGUAUCGUGGCCUGCAGCCCUUGAUGGCACAUGCCAAAACGAAAGGAUCUAAAAGGGUGAAGCUGCACAGAGAGCUAGCAGAACUGUUGGAUGAGGAGUUGCGGCGUAAAGGAGCAUCUAUAGUUCCUGCAGGUGAGCUAUUUGGUAAAUGGAAAGGUCUGAAAGAUGAGGAGAAAGAUCACGAGAUAGUGUGGCCUCCUAUGGUUAUUAUCAUGAACACAAAGCUUGAGCAGGAUGUAAAUGAGAAGUGGAUUGGCAUGGGAAACCCGGAACUUCUUGAUUACUUCAGUCCAUAUGAUCCUAAGAAGGCUCGGCACUCAUAUGGUCCCCAGGGGCAUCGUGGGAUGAGUGCUCUGAUAUUUGAGCCCUCAGCAAGGGGUUAUUUAAAUGCUGAGCGCCUGCACAAGCAUUUCAUUGAGCAAGGAACCGAUAGAGAUGCUUGGGAUUCUAGAAGGAGAACUUUGUUUUAUCCAGGUGGGAAGCGCCAACUUUAUGGUUUUAUGGCUAUAAAAGAUGACCUCGACACUUUUAACCAGCACAUGCAAGGAAAAUCUAAGAUGAAGUUUGAAAUGAAAUCGUACCAAGAGAUGGUCGUAGAUCAGAUUAAGCAAAUGAGCGAGGACAACCAGCAGCUUACCUUGUGGAAGUACAGGGUCGUAAAAGAAAGAAGUAAGGCUAAGGCCUACGAAGAAUCUUUUGAUAAAGUAUGCGAAAAGCUUCGGAAGACCACUGAAGAAAACAGAAUUGUUAGACAGAGAACCCUAAUGCAACACGAAGAGGAUAAAGAAGAGAUGCAAUUGCAAGAACAAUUUUUCAAAGAACAAAUGGAGCUAUUGCAUAAAACAAGGGAAGAAACAGAAGAGAAUUUUGAAAGAUUGCAGCAGGAGAAACGCGAGAAGGUGAAGAAACAAACGAAUGCAAGCCAUUCGACUACAGAUGAAUAUAGAAGCAGGGCGGAGGAGGUUGCGAAGUUUAUAAAGUUUCAAGAGAAGGAGAUGGAAGAUUUUGUAGCAGAAAGGGAGGAGCUGAUAAAAGUUCAUGAAGAAAAGAUGGCAGCAAUGAAACGGAGACAUUGGGACGAAGAAGUGGAGGUGGAGAAAGAGUUCAAUGCGGAACUAACUCGGCUGAUGGAGAAGUAUUCCCCUCAAAAUUCUAAAGAUGCAGCAGAAGUGCGAGGGUAUGGUGAAGUGAAGGUAAGGUAAGGAAGUGGUUUGCUUACAGGGGUGAUAAUAGAGAGAGUAAGUAGUCUGCAACUAGAACAGUAUCUACUAGGGAGAGUUGCGAGAUCCAUUUUCCUCUCCUUACUACUUUUCUUAAAGCUUUUCUCAUAUCAGUAUGAGAUGGAUAGAUUACCAAAAACACUUAAACCCCUGGCGUUUUGGUUCAUCUUCUACCGUGGUAUCCUGCAUAUGCUAAUAGCGUAGAAGUAUGUUGGUGGACAUUUGAUUUGAAUAUUUUUGG